GUUUCUAACACCGGCAGGUAAACCACUCUGAGAAAUGACUCUCUAAAUCGUCUAUGGACCAACGAAACCAAAUAUGAAAAAUGAUGGAAACCAAAAAUGAAAUUGCCAUUGUGGGGAUUGGAUGUAAUUUUCCUGGAGGUGAAGGAAUUGAUAAUUUCUGGCAAGUACUAAAAAAAGGCAAAAACUGUACUAUAGAAAUACCUCAAGAAAGAUUUGACAUCAAAGACUGGUAUGAUCCAGACAGCAGCAAACCGGGAAAAACAAGCACAAGACAUGCAGCUUUCACUGAAGAGUUUAACACAUUUGACAACAAGCUUUUUGGAAUCACUGAUGUGGAAGCUCAGCGUAUGGAUCCCCAGCAGAAAUUGCUUCUGGAAUGUACCCAUCGAGCACUGGAAGAUGCUGGAGUCACUAGAGAAAAAAUUAAUGGCACCAAAACAGGAGUUUUUGUUGGUAUGAUGAAUCGAGACUACGGAUUUAUAAGCAGCUACGGUGCCUCUGAAAUAAACCAUUAUGAUGGCACAGGGGCAGCAAUGAGCAUAGCUGCCAACAGGAUUUCAUACACUUUUAAUCUGACUGGCCCAUCCAUUGCUGUUGAUACCGCCUGCUCCUCAUUCCACUAUGCUUUGCACAUGGCCUCAAAUGCAAUUAAACAAGGUGAUUGUGAAGUUGCUGUUUGUGGAGGCGUGAACUGCAUCAUAGAUCCUCGGAUGUUCGUAACACUGAGUAAAGCAAAAAUGAUUUCUCCUGAAGGGAUCAGUAAACCCUUUUCUAAAAAAGCAGAUGGUUAUGGAAGAGGAGAAGGCUGUGGUGUUCUGCUGCUGAAACCAUUACAGAAGGCAAAAGAAGAUUUCAACAAAAUAUGGGGCAUUAUCAGUGUCAGUGCCGUCAACCAGAGUGGAAGAUCUGUCACUCCAAUCACCAAACCAUCUCAACAGGAACAAGAAAACCUGCUACGCAGCAUUUAUCCAUCUCACGUCAAUCCAUCCGAGCUGCAAUAUGUUGAGGCUCACGGCACAGGAACCCCUGCCGGAGAUCCCACCGAGGCUGAGAGUAUAGGCAACGUCAUUGGUAAAAAGAGGUCUCCUGAAAUGCCUGCUCUCAAGAUGGGCUCUGUUAAAGGGAACAUUGGGCACACCGAGUCGGCUGCCGGGGCUGCGGGCUUAAUCAAGGUUCUUCUCAUGAUGCACCACGGGAAGUUUGUCCCCUCCUUGCAUUUCUCUGAGGACACUAGCAGCAUCGAUACAAAGAAAUUAAACCUUUCCAUUCCAACCAGUGUAGAGAUGUGGGAAAGGCCUAGUAAAUCUGGCAGGGCAGCUGGGGUCAACUGUUUUGGAUUUGGGGGGACCAAUGCUCAUGUGGUUGUCAGACAGGUUAAACAAACACAGGCCCUCCCCUCAGUCAAAAGGGCUGUUGAACUGUUUGUCCUUUCUGCAGCUUCAGGCCAUUCUCUCCAACUGACAGUGGAAGACACCGCUAGGCGUGUGAACACAAGCAAGUCUGUUACACUCCCAAACGCAGCCUAUACAUCUGCGUGCAGGAGAAGCCACCUGAACUUCAAAUACAGAAAAGCAUUCGUGGCAUCUUCUCUGCAGCACUUAGAACAGCAGCUUUUAUCUGCAGCCAAAACGGAAAUGGUUCCGUUCAAGAAAGUUCCACAACUGAUCUUUGUCUUCCCUGGAAACGGCCUAAAUUUGAAAGGAGUCUUCAAGACUUUGUUUCGAUCUGAACCGGUGUUCAGAGACAAAUGUGAAGAAAUAGAAAGAUUAUUCCGGCAAUGGAUAUCCGUUCAUAUCCUCGAACGGACCGAAAGUGGCUGUGAUGAUUUGACGAGACCCGAAAUAGCCCAGCCGGUGCUCUUCACCCUGCAGGUGGCAUUGGUGACGCUUCUGCAGCACUGGGGAAUUAAGCCAACUGCUGUCCUGGGCCAUUCGGUUGGGGAGGUUGCUGCUGCCCAUUGUGCUGGGUUUAUUUCCCUGGAAGAUGCUGUCAAGGUCAUCUACCACAGGAGCAGGUUACAGGCAAAGGCUACUGGAGGCAGAAUGCUGGUGGUUGGUAACAUCUCCGUUCAAGAGGUGUCGGAAGCCAUUGGAGCGUACUCUGGGAAGGUUUGCGUUGCAGCAUUUAACAGCCCUCAGUCUUGUACCUUGUCGGGAGAUGCAGAUUCCAUCCAUGCCAUUCAGAAAGAGCUGGCUGAAAGCUUUGGUGGGAGAGAUGUGUUCCUUCAAGUUCUCAAUGUAACAGCUGCAUAUCACAGUCAUAUGAUGGAUCCAGUACUGCAAGAGCUGGCAGAAAGCCUAUCAGGAUUAAAGAAAGGGAAGCCAGAAAUUGAUCUAAUUUCUACGGUAACAGGAAAGGCGGCCUCAGAUGGCGAUUUUGUCACAGGGGGCUACUGGGCCAGGCAGGUUCGAGAUCCUGUUUCAUUUGUCCAGGCCAUUAUGUCUUCAGUGGAGGACAAGCAAAACAUUGCGUUAAUUGAAAUCGGUCCCCACAGAGCAUUACAGAGGAACAUUAUUGAAACAUUAGGAAAGCAAACCAAAGUUUUUCCUUCCUUGCAAACUGACAGAGAGUAUGAGGGACUGCUUGCACUUGUAAAGGACCUCUUUGAACUGGGAUUCAAUCCAUAUUGGUCACAUCUCUAUGAUGGCUAUCAAAGCUUGCCAGCUACAUAUCCCAGGUACCAGUUUGAUCGUAAGAAGCUGAACACCAGCAUAAGCCUGCUGCCACAACAUGAGGCCUCAAACUUGAACCACCCUUUAAUUCAAAGUGCCAAUAAUGACAAUACAGAAUUCAGGUGUUCUAUAUCUCAGGCACAAACUCCAUAUGUCUAUGGGCACAAGCACAAUGGCGUCGCUCUAGUUCCUGGGGCCUUUUUUGUUGAACUUGCUUUAGCAGCUGUGAUGAUUAGCUCAAGACCAAAAGUCCCACUAAAUUUCUGUCAGAUUAUGGUAAGGUUUACUUCACCGUGUGUUUUAAGUGAAGAGUCCCAUGAGUUGAAGGUGAAAAUAGAACUGCAAAAAGGAGAGAAAGAUUUCAAAAUACUUUCUCCAUCUAAUACAGUUUAUGCUGUGGGCCGUGUGGCAUGGAACCCUAACCAGGAACUGUCACCUGAAGAAAAGAGUGUUUCUUUUACAGAUAUUUUUCAGCGGUGUAAAUCGUUAGUAAGCCGUGAUGAAGUCUAUGAAAUGUUAUCUUCCUUUGGGUUCCAGUAUGACUUAACAAUGAAACAGAUAAAUGAUGUAUUUUAUGGUGAAGAACUGAAGGAAGCUAUUACGGUUAUUAAGGUAAACAAACAGACAGCAGCAGAAAUGCACGAGUUUUUUAUCCAUCCAAUCCUUUUAGACUGUUUUCUGCAAAUGAUCGGGGUGAUUACCACAAAAACUUUAAAAAAUGGUAUAGGAUUUCCUUCUUCGAUAGGCAGCCUUGUUAUUGUGAGGCCUUUGGAAGUGGAAAUGUUGAUCUAUCUGAAAGUAAGCAAGUCGACAGAGAACUAUUUAGAGUUCUGUGGGUGCUUUACAGAUAAACAUGGUUCCGUAUUAGCUGAGAUGAAAUGUGUUAGGAUUACUCUUGUGAAGGAAAUUUCCAAAAGUGAACACGAUGUGCUAUUUGAAAAUAAAUGGAAGGAAAUACCUCAUUCCCAGACAAUCCAAAAUUCAGGAGAUGCACCCAAGGUAGCAGUGUUUGCUGACAAAAUAGGAGUCUCUCAGCAGCUUAAAAAAUUCUUACAUAAGGAUUCUAGGUUUUUGAUGUACAAAGACUGGGAAAACUUGUUGGAAGUCAAUAGCCUGGAAUCGCCUGUCCAGGCAAGAAUUAAACUGGCGCUGCAGGAUUACAGUGAUGUUUUGUUUAUGUGGGGAAUCUACCGAUUAAAUGACGAUCCAAACUCUGUAGUUGCACAUUUGUCGAAAUGCUGUGAAGCUCUUCGGCAACUUGUUAUUGCUUUGAGAACGAAGAACUGUCGUUGUUCCAUCAAGAUCAUCACAUACAGGACUACAGAGAAGUUUGUAGACCAUAUUAAUCCUGGCUUUGCUUUGUAUGGCAUGGUGCGAAGUUGUAUGGUUGAAGUUUCCGAAAUCACAUUUCAACUGAUUGAUAUCAGCUCCACAAACACAUUAGACAUCUCAGCCUUAGCAGAUGUCUUAGCAGAAUAUAAAGAUUAUCCAGAAAUCCGUAUCCAUCAUGGGAAAGUAUACAUGUCUGAGAUGAGACGCACUUUGGUCAAUGAUGUACCUGACAAUUUACCUUCUCAGGCUUGUCAGAAUUCUGAGCCGUUCAGCCUUUACACUUCUGACCCAUAUGAAGUGAGGGACUUGUUUGCUGAGCUGGAUGAUAACGAUGACAUUCCUAUUGAUAAUCAUAGUGUUGAAGUUCAGGUUGAAAAAAUAAGUCCCCAUUCUGAAGACUACUUCCCUGUUAGUGUCACAAGCUGUAACUUUGGGAACACAUUAUACUGGAAUUCACAGACAGUUGGUAAGCACAGGCUCCUAGCCCUGGAUUGCAGUGGGAAGGUAGUUGCAGCUGGCAGAAAAGUGAAAGAGGUGGCGGUGGGAGACCACAUUGUUUCAUGUUACCCAGUUACUGCAUCUUCCAGAAUCAGGAUCCCAGAAGUGGUUUGCUUGAACACUCAGAAAUUCCCAUGCUUUGAAACUGUGCCAUGUGUGUCCUCCUUUAGAAUUGCGUGGGAAAUUUUGCAUCAAACGUUGCCAGAAAUGAAACAGAAGGGAUCUUUAGGCAUUAUUUCUACUGAACCAGAGUCAGUUUUGUGCAAAGUGAUGAAUCUGUCAGCUCAGGAAGCAGGAUGGAAAACCAUAUGUACCAAGUCUGACUCUGAUCUGAAGCAACACAUUGAUCAAUGCAGUGCCCUUGUUUUCCUGCCUCCCCUGGAAAGGUUGCCCAAGGAUGUUUUAGGUCUCCUUUCAAAACUCCGGCAUGUGGUAGUGGUAUGUGACAACCGCCAUGCGGAAUGUCUGAGAUCUCUCAUUGGAAAUGAUCAUGAAAACUUUCAAGUUCAUGUUCUCAGUCUUAUCAACAUUUUCCAGAAAGCAUCUUUGAAGAAAAAAAUUAAGCCUUUUUCCAGUUGGAUGAAGUCUUUGCAGCUGAAACAGCCUGUGAACUUUCCAUGUUCAGUUUUUCAACCAACUGAGACGUGUGAGAGCACAGCCUCAUCCCAUUUUACCAGAAAAGCAGUCCCCUUAAUAAUAUUAAAAGGUAAAAUGUGUAACAACCAUUUUGUAGAUAUACCACUGUAUGGCGGAAAGGGGAAAAUGUUUAAGGAGAAUGCUGUCUACAUAGUUACAGGAGGACUCACUGGUCUUGGCUUUGAAACAGUGAGAUUUUUAGCUGAAAAUGGAGGAGGCGGCAUUGCGAUUCUUUCACGAAAAAGCCCAAGUGUCGAGAAGGAGAAAGAGAUAAGGGAUUUGCAGAAUCAGAAUAAACACAGCAGAAUAAUCACUCUACAAUGCAAUGUCAUCUUUAGAGCUGAUGUUGAAAAAGCUAUCCAUGCAAUCAGCAAAACCUUUCCCAAGUGUCCUAUCAAAGGGGUGUUCCACAGUGCUGUGGUUUUACGUGAUGGAUCCAUUGAAGCCUUGACGAUGCCUCUCUUCAAGGAGGUUUUCAGUCCUAAGGUUGCAGGAGUCAUGAAUCUUCACUAUGCUACUCAAGGUCAGGAUCUGCACUAUUUCGUAUGUUAUUCAUCAGUUGCUUCAUUUCUUGGAAAUUCGAUGCAAGCAAACUAUGCUGCGGCUAAUUCCUUCCUGGACCUUUUCUGCCAUUACAGGAGAAACUGUGGACUUGCAGGGCAAUCCAUUAAUUGGGGUGCCUUGAAUCUUGGAUUACUGCAAAAUCAAAAUGAGAUUCAAAAUUUCUUGGAAUCAAAAGGUAUAGCAAUUCUGCAAGGGCGUGAUUUUCACGAGUAUUUAAAACGCAGUUUAAUUCUGAACAAUCCUCAACAAGCCAUCAUAAAGUUCAACUUCAGAAAUUUUGCCAAUUAUUUCACAUCUCAAAAUCCUGCAUUCAGAAAUCGCAUGCAUUCAGUUAUGACAGAAAUCGGUGGCAGCAAUUUUGAGCUUUCAGAGCCAACGGUGCCCCAAUUGACUCCAGUUAAGUCUGAAGAUUAUAUCACGGCCUUGGUGAGUCAACUCAUUGGUAUAGACCCAAGUGAAAUUGCAUUAAAGGAAUCACUUUUGUCCAAUGGCAUUGACUCCAUGUUAGCUAUGACUCUGCAGAAUCAUAUUUUCCAGGAACGACGAGUCAGUAUACCACUUGUGAAGCUACUUGAUCCUCAUACGACAGUGUUUAGCCUUGCAUUGCUUCUGGAAGAAAAAUCUAAGAAAAUCUGAAAAUCUGACAAAUAAUGCUUCAGAAAAACAGAAUACUGAAGACUACUGAAGAGCCAGUUGAUAGUUUUAAUAUCACUUUUGGAAGUCUAAAUGAUGAUAAUAACUGCUAAUCCUCAACAGAAGCCAUAAUUUGUUUGUAUGAAGUAGUUGGAAUUGAAUUCUUCUUUCAUGUAACCUUUUCUUCACCAAAGAAAAUGUAGGUUUUCAUUUCCCCCCUCUUUUGUUAAACACAGAAUUGAGUCCACAGAAUUGAGUCAGAAUUGUUAAACACAGAAUUGAGUCCAGUAGUGCCUUAGAGUUUUUGUGGGUAUAACCUUUCAAUAGUCAGUGAUCCCUUCAUCAGACAAAGAGAUCUUUGACUCUUGAAAAUGUUGUUGCUCUCUCGAAUCUUUCUUGAAUAGGACUUGAAUCUAGUUGCCCUACUGUAGACUAACAUGACUACCCUCUGAAACUCAGAACCGUAUUAUAAAUGUGCAUACUAUGUUCCACUGUACUAUGUCAGUAUUUAAGGAAGACGUUGCACUGUAUUUUGUUUUACAUCUUUCCUUUAAAAUAUAAAAUAAAAAAAAUAAAAUUAGCGAUGAACUUGGGCUAAUCGGGCUGCUAUGAGAAAAAUAAAAGUAGUAUAUAUAUUUUUCCAAUAGACACAAUUUGCAUUCCAGAAUUGAUAUGAUUUGGACAAAUGGACAAUUAAUAGGAAAAAUGAAAAAAAUUCAAUAGAGCCAAAACUUAUUUCAGAUUAUAGCCCAAUUUGUUGGGGAUUCGGUCUACAAUCUAAACAAUGCACUUGGAAAUUAAAAGAUUGGAUAUUAGACAAAGGAAACAUAAUAGAAUCAAGUUUUAAAAAUUUAGAAGAAUUCUUUACUAUUAACAAUGGAUAAGUGCAAUAUGAAAAUAUUAUCUGGCAGGCUAGUAAAGUCUUCAUUAGAGGGAUAUUUAUUCAAACAAAGUAAAAUAAAUAACCAAAAGAAGCAGAGGAUCUAAUUCAAGAAAUAAAGCAGUUAGAGAAUACAUUAAAAAUAAAACCAAAAGAAAAAAUGGAGAAAAAUUAAUUAUCCUUAAUAACCCACACAGGAAAAAUGGCUACAAGAAAGGGCAAACAAUUUGGUUUAUUAGGCAGAAGCACUUUAUUUCUGCUAAAAACUACUGAUUUAGAUAAAAUAAUAUGGAGCAGUAAUGAGAAAUUGGUGAGCAAGAUUUUAUAAAUAUUUAUUAAAAAUGGAUUUGGAAGAAGAGGUAAAGAAACAAUGAUAAAAUGGGCCCAAGAUUUUGGAGAAUCAGUGCAAUACUCUGAAUGGAAAAGAAGUUGAAAAAAACAUCAAAAUUUCACUCUAAGCAUAGACUUAAAGGAAAACUUCUAUAAAGUUUUCCAUAAAUGGUAUUUAACCUCUCUUCAAUUUGCUAAAAUUGUUAAAAAUUCUACUCCAAUUUGUUGGAAGUGCAAGAGAUAUACUACACAACUUCACAUGUGGUGGAGUUGUAGAAAGAUAAAGAAAAUUCUGGGAAAAAUACAUAAAUAUACGCAAUGAAUAUUAGUGGGAAAAAAAUUGAUUUAAAUCCAGAAAAAUAUUUACUCAAAAUCUGAUAUAACAAUGAAUCAACUGAGAAUCUUAAUCUAUUUCUAUAUUUAACUACGGCGGCAAGAGUGUUGAUAGCAAGAAAAUGGAAAAAUGACAAAACUGAACUGAAUUGAUCCUACACUACAUGGAAAUAGACAGAUUAUCCUCUUGCCUGAAGAAUCUUCAAAUGAAAAUGUUGAAAAAAUGUGGAAUCCCAUGAAGACAUUCUUAAAAAUAAAAUAUAAUAAACAACUGUUUUGUAAAAUGU